AUGAGCCCAUUUACACUCUCAAACACACCUAACAUUACAAACUAUAGCUCUCCAGCGGACGAAUACAUCGCUCUCACGAGCGCACUCAACCAGCUCACCCCAGCUGAAGUCGACGACGCCUACAGCAAACUUCCACUCGCCGAGCCCGAGUCCCUCGAAGGAGAAUGGGACGUGCAUGUCAUCGAUACAGGUCAUCCCGCGCACGCUCUCGCGGCGGAUAUACUCCCGUUGGUGAAUACUCUUUACUCGGAGGAGGGCGUCGAUAAGGUCCACGAGGUCAAAUUCCACGGCACCCCGGGCGGCCUCUUUGUCUCUGAUAAUCAACAGAACAAUCGGCGCUUUCGCUACGUGAAUGGGAAUAUGGUAGCUGGGACGAAUGAUUAUAAGCCUUAUUAUGGGGAUUCUGGGGUUUUGCAUUUUUACUUGACUAGGUAUGACGACGAGUGA